CUAUAUCAUGUACGUAGUACACAGAGGGAGACUCGACUCGGAUGCUCCUCGUGUCCACAAGGCGGCUGCGACGGCGGCAAAUAUUUGCGCUGCUUUUUUUUGGAUCUGAGUUUUCAUCUGCUUGCACGCGUGUCUAUAUCCGUACGAUUGCUCUUCGUAUCCGGACGCGUUCGCCGACCAGGUUGUGGUCGCCACAACCAAAUCGCACGCGUCCUUCGUAGUAGUACUCGACUAUGGUGCACUCGAUUUUGACAACGCCCAACUGCUCGGCCUGCGCCAAGCCCGUGUACUACAACGACCUGCAGGUCCGCGCCAAGACCGAGCACCUCUACCACAAAGCGUGCUUCAAGUGCACCGAGUGCGCGUCGCAGCUCACGCUCAACUCGUUUGCGUACCACGGCGACACGCUCCUCUGCAAGAUUCACUACGUCUCGUUCUUCCAGCGCAUGAACUCGUACGGCGGCGAAGACAAGUUUAAGAAGCAAAAGGACGAUGUGGUCUCGGCGGCCGUUGUGCAAGAGAUCUCGAGCAUGGCCAAGCAGCCGCCAAUCAAGCAUUACGAACCCGAGCCCGAGACGGAGCUGCCGAUCGAUGGGCGACCGCGCAAGAUCUCGUCGAUCACCGACUCGUUCAGCGCCAACCCAUUUCUGCUGCAUGACAUGCGCCUCCGGCGGCGCAACUCGGGCGAGGACGACGGCGACGACGCGAUGAGCAUCCGGAAGGGCACGCCGAUCGUGUUCAAGGUCAAGAGCAGCCCGAAAUGCGCCAACUGUUGUACGAGCGUCUACUUGCACGACCCCAAGAUGGCGCUCGAGGGCAAGGUCUUCCACCACAGCUGCUUCAAGUGCGCCUCGUGCGCGACCCAGCUGACGCUCAAGAACUUUACGUACGCGAGCGAAACCUUGCUUUGCAAAGGCCACUACACCGAGCGCUUCAUCAUGGCCAACAGCUACGCCGGUGGCGAGCAGUUUGCCAAGAAGUGAGUCCGUCCUCUUCGUUCUACUAUUGCGUGCUUCUUCUUCUCGUGUCCUAAAAAUCCAAUAUAUUCCGUGUACCAGUA